AUGACUAUGGCGCUGUCGACGGAUCCCAUUUUCAAUUUGCGGCAGUUGAGUCACUCAGAUCUGGUUGCAUUAGACAACUUUAUCCACAAGGACUUCUUCGAACAAGUUCAGAUUAAGAAGGCCCAUCCGCAGAGGAAGGAGGAGUUCGGAGAUAGUUCUGCACAUCUGACGGCUCUACUUAUUUCUGGCUCGACGGAAUCACUUGUGCGGAUGACUGCAGAUGCAACCAACUAUCUGCAGGAACUGAGUCAUAGGCCGCAGCCGGGUCCAGAGGAUAUCGUCGACCGCAUGGAUAUCCUCUUCACGAAUAUCUACAACAUCAACAAUCGACGGUACGACAUCCUGAGAGAAAUCAUGCGAAUUUUGUAUCUGAGACCCAAGCAGCUUCAGUCGAGACUUGAUCUUCUGGCCAAAUAUGACGUCACAUCCCGCAAGUGGAGACUUUUAUAA